AUUACUAAUAAAAAUACAAAAUUUGGAGGGAGAUCAAACAAAAUUUGACGGAAUCUUCAAAACAGGCUUUGAAUCCUAAUACACUGGGUCCCUUCUUGUCUGUAAGAUAAGAGCGACAAGACCUCCACAACAUGAUGUGAUUAAGAACAAAGGCUGAGGGUGAGCCUACCGCGUCCCAGUGCCUCAAAUAAAUUCCUUCCUUAUAGCACGAGGUAUCUAUCUUCUACACUUCGCAUGUGCAGGAACCCAAAGUUGAGAACGCUCAGGUUCUCCUUCUCCAUUUGAAACUCCGUAACCCGGUGAUAAGGUACGGGCAACUCCACUGUCAAUUAUCCGGGUGUGGAUUAUUUUUCUUCUAGCUGCACUUUGCGUGGCUACAGACGCUGAUAAUGGCCGCUACGACUCUUGAGAAAUCCAAUCCUAAACUAUAACUGCGCUUCAGGACGAAGCUGGACGUUUUCUAUCCCCAACCUCAGUGAAGCAAAGGUCGCUGCGAAACGCAAACCCCACCUACCCGCGCCAUCUUAGCUGCUACGCACGACGCUACGCGCAGCGGAGAGCGCCGUCGAUUGGCUGGGACGCGGAGGCGAGGCGCGCGAAGCCAGAGACCGGAGGGUACGCUGGAGGAGCCGGAGGAACUACAAUCCCAGCCUUCCUUGCGCGUGCGCCAGCGAACCUGAAGCGAAAGACCUCGGUUUGCGUUGGACUACAAUUCCUACCAGCCCCAUGCGAUACCGGCCCUUUCCUUUCAAAAAGCGUAAGAAAAGGACAGGAUGAAUGGAGGGCCUUUGGUGCCCGUUCUUCGAAAGGCGGGAAAGACGAACUACAUCUCCCGAUUGGCAACGCGCGCCUGCGCCUGCGUUCUGGUACCUGUCGCCAUCUUGCCCCUUCUGAGGCACCGCAAACAAACCCUAUUCCUGGUGUCCCCUAGUCUUGGCGGAGGAGCCUUUUAGAUGAGCCCCGAAAGGCUGGGCAGGGAGGAGAAGCUCUUUGGGGCUACCAAACAUAAGCAGCAAUGCCUGUUGUGUGGCCAACCCUUUUGGAUCUCAGCAGGGAUGAAUGCAAAAGGAUUCUUCGAAAAUUGGAAUUGGAGGCAUAUGCCGGAGUUAUCACUGCACUUCGGGCACAGGGGGAUCUCACCAAGGAAAAGAAAGAUCUUCUUGGAGAACUCUCAAAAGUUCUUAGCAUCUCAACAGAACGCCACCGUGCUGAAGUUCGGAGAGCAGUAAACGAUGAACGGUUAACAACAAUUGCACAUAAAAUGAAUUUAUCCUUAUAUUUGGGUGAAAGACCAAGUUACAGUAUGUCUGGACCUAAUAGCUCUUCAGAAUGGUCCAUUGAAGGUCGUCGAUUGGUACCACUGAUGCCACGGCUAGUUCCCCAAACAGCCUUCACUGUAACAGCUAAUGCUGUUGCCAAUGCAGCUAUCCAGCACAAUGCAUCUCUUCCAGUGCCUGCAGAAACAGGAAGCAAAGAAGUAGUGGUUUGCUAUUCCUACACAAGUACUACGUCAACCCCAACCUCUACCCCUGUUCCAAGUGGCAGCAUAGCAACGGUUAAGUCUCCAAGACCUGCCAGUCCUGCCUCCAAUGUAGUUGUCUUGCCAAGUGGAAGUACUGUUUAUGUCAAAAGUGUUAGCUGUUCAGAUGAAGAUGAAAAACCCAGAAAACGAAGGCGAACAAAUUCUUCUAGCUCCUCUCCUGUUGUCCUAAAGGAAGUUCCAAAGGCUGUUGUUCCAGUUUCAAAGACGAUCACUGUGCCUGUGAGUGGCAGUCCCAAGAUGAGCAACAUCAUGCAGAGCAUUGCCAACUCCUUACCACCCCACAUGUCUCCUGUGAAAAUAACCUUUACCAAACCUUCAACACAGACAACAAACACGACAACACAGAAGGUUAUUAUAGUGACCACAUCACCAAGUUCUACCUUCGUACCCAACAUUCUCUCCAAAUCCCAUAAUUAUGCAGCGGUCACUAAGCUUGUACCAACAUCAGUCAUUGCUUCCACAACUCAGAAGCCACCAGUUGUUAUAACUGCUUCACAGUCCUCCCUGGUCAGUAGUAGUACCAGUGGCAGCAGCAGUUCUACAUCAUCACCUAUACCUAGUACAGUUGCGGUAACAGCUGUCGUAUCCUCCACACCAUCUGUGGUCAUGUCAACAGUAGCACAAGGUGUAUCUACAUCAGCAAUCAAAAUGGCAACAACAAGGCUUCCUUCCCCCAAAAGCUUAGUGAGUACCCCGACUCAGAUUCUUGCACAGUUUCCUAAACAGCAUCAACAAUCUCCUAAGCAGCAGUUACAUCAAGUACAACAACAGACACAGCCUUCUGUAGCUCAGCCUUCUCUAGUAUCUCAUCAGCAGCAACCUCAGCAGUCUUCUUUGCCACCUGGUAUAAAACCUACCAUCCAAAUCAAACAGGAGUCAGGUGUUAAAAUCAUCACGCAACAAGUUCAACCAAGUAAAAUCUUACCCAAACCAGUGACUGCAACUCUACCCACCAGUAGCAAUUCCCCCAUUAUGGUAGUUAGCAGUAAUGGUGCAAUUAUGACAACUAAACUGGUAACUGCUCCUACUGGCACACAGGCAACAUAUACCCGGCCAACAGUGAGCCCAUCCAUAGGUCGGAUGGCUGCAACCCCUGGAGCUGCAACCUAUGUGAAAACUACCAGUGGUAGCAUCAUUACAGUAGUACCAAAAUCAUUAGCUACCUUGGGGGGCAAGAUAAUUAGCAGUAAUAUAGUUUCUGGAACAACUACCAAAAUCACUACAAUCCCAAUGAGUUCCAAGCCCAAUGUGAUUGUUGUGCAAAAAACUACAGGAAAAGGAACAACCAUUCAAGGCCUCCCAGGCAAAAAUGUUGUCACAACGUUGCUAAAUGCUGGAGGAGAAAAAACUAUUCAGACAGUGCCAACAGGAGCAAAGCCAGCUAUUAUCACUGCUACAAGACCCAUUACCAAAAUGAUUGUAACUCAGCCAAAAGGAAUAGGUUCCACAGUUCAACCCGCAGCUAAAAUCAUCCCAACAAAAAUUGUUUAUGGGCAACAAGGGAAAACACAGGUUCUCAUUAAACCCAAACCAGUGACAUUUCAGGCCACAGUUGUUAGUGAACAGACAAGACAGCUGGUAACAGAAACAUUACAGCAAGCAUCCAGGGUAGCAGAGGCUGGUAAUGCAUCUAUUCAGGAUGGAAAAGAAGAACCACAGAGUUACACAGAUAGUAGUUCUUCUUCUACAGAGUCCUCCCAGAGUUCCCAAGAUUCCCAGCCUGUAGUUCAUGUAAUUGCUUCCCGGCGUCAGGAUUGGUCAGAACAUGAGAUUGCAAUGGAAACUAGCCCCACCAUAAUAUAUCAAGAUGUAUCCAGUGAAUCACAAUCAGCUACUUCAACAAUCAAAGCUCUGUUAGAACUCCAACAGACAACAGUAAAAGAAAAGUUGGAAUCUAAACCAAGACAACCUACUAUUGACUUGAGUCAAAUGGCAGUGCCUAUUCAGAUGACCCAGGAAAAGAGACAUUCUCCUGAGAGUCCAUCAAUUGCUGUGGUAGAAUCAGAACUAGUGGCUGAAUAUAUCACUACUGAACGCACUGAUGAGGGGACAGAGGUUGCUUUUCCCCUUCUAGAUGCUGUGGCGAUUUCUGGAGAAAUAUCAUCACCUCCUCUAUUUUCAGUCAGCCAUCGCUCCCAGCCCCAACAACCUUCUCAGCCCCAGCGGACCUUACUCCAACAUGUGGCUCAGUCACAGACUGCAACACAAACUUCAGUGGUGGUGAAAUCCAUCCCAGCUUCCUCCCCUGGAGCAAUCACCCAUAUUAUGCAGCAGGCGUUAAGCAGUCACACUGCUUUUACCAAACACAGCGAGGAACUUGGAACUGAGGAGGGCGAGGUUGAAGAGAUGGACACUUUAGACCCUCAGACAGGUCUGUUUUACCGAUCUGCCCUGACUCAGUCACAGUCAGCCAAACAGCAGAAACUUAGCCAGCCCCAGCUGGAACAGACUCAGCUGCAAGUGAAAACUCUGCAGUGCUUCCAGACUAAACAGAAGCAGACCAUCCACCUGCAGGCAGACCAGCUCCAGCACAAACUCCCGCAAAUGCCCCAACUUUCCAUCAGGCAUCAAAAACUCACCCCUCUCCAGCAAGAACAAGCACAGCCUAAGCCAGAUGUACAGCACACACAGCAUCCCAUGGUGGCCAAAGACAGGCAGCUUCCUACCUUAAUGGCACAGCCCCCGCAAACUGUAGUACAGGUGCUUGCAGUGAAAACUACGCAGCAGCUCCCCAAGCUGCAGCAGGCUCCGAACCAACCAAAAAUCUACGUGCAACCCCAAACCCCCCAGAGCCAAAUGUCGCUCCCUGCCUCAUCAGAGAAACAACCGGCAAGCCAGGUGGAGCAGCCAAUUAUAACCCAAGGAUCCUCUGUUACAAAGAUAACUUUUGAGGGGCGCCAGCCUCCCACAGUUACAAAGAUAACUGGUGGCAGUUCUGUGCCUAAGCUGACAUCACCAGUUACAAGCAUAUCUCCCAUUCAGGCCUCUGAGAAGACAGCAGUUUCAGAUAUUUUGAAAAUGUCUUUGAUGGAAGCUCAGAUUGAUACAAAUGUAGAGCAUAUGGUAGUGGAUCCCCCAAAGAAGGCUCUUGCCACUAGUAUGCUCACUGGUGAAGGAGGAUCAUUACCCUCCACCCACAUGGUGGUGGCAGGGGUUGUGAAUUCCACUCCUCAGCAACAGAAAUGUAGAGAGUCCUGUUCAAAUCCAUCUGCUGUUGGCCCUCCCCUAACGACCAGGAAAAUCGAUGUACCAGGAGUGCCUACAACAGGCCAGUUCAUGCGUAUUCAGAAUGUAGGCCAAAAGAAAGCUGAAGAGAAUCCAGCAGAAAUUAUCAUCCAGGCCAUUCCCCAGUAUGCUAUUCCUUGUCACUCCAGCUCCAACGUGGUUGUGGAGCCCAGUGGGCUUCUUGAAUUAAACAACUUCACCAGUCAGCAGUUGGAUGAUGAAGAGACUGCAAUGGAACAGGACAUAGAUAGUAGCACGGAGGAGGGAACUGAGCCCAGCCCCUCUCAGAGUUCUGCCGAACGGUCCUAGUGUUUUGGAUAUAGGAGUGCACUUUAAAACCUGCUUGGUUACCAAGUGUCCAGGGAAACUCUUGAAUUCUAAUGUCAAAAAGAAAAAGAAAAAGAAAAAAAAAAAAAAAAGCACUUUGCCCGUACUUAAGCUAUGGACCCUGAAACAGCAGUAUUUCAAUAAGAUAUUGCUACAGGAAUAGCAUUUUAGCAAACU